AUGACGCAACGCGAAUCUGAGUGCAGUGGGGUGUUGACAACACUCCUGGUUGGGUGUGACCUCGACUCAGACUUCCAGGUGGCUGUGGAUAACGCUGACGCGCGAUUACGCGAGGAAGCGCUGUAUGAAGGGGUCACGCAGCCCGAUGACGCCGCUGAAGUCGAGGGCAUACUAUCGAGGCUUAUAGCCGGAAGCAGCCAGUCACUGUCGCACGCAGAUGUCGCGCCAUGCCACACUUUUAAUGCAGCGAAUGGGAUUCCUAAGCAGGAGGUUGACAAGCUCUGUGACGCCAUUCUGGACUACCUGGAAUCAGAGGUAUCGUCAGUACUCGCUGAUGUUGUGCAUGGAACGCAGAACUUCGUCGGCGACAUGGACGCAUUAACCAGGAAGGAAUACACAUUUUUUAAACUACAGCUCGCAGCGCUGCAUGGAACAGCGCCGAGGAACGAAAUCUUACAUUUACCUUGUCCGCUAUGA